AUGGACCAGGGCGUGUUCAAGCAAUUGGACGACUCAUGUUUCCCGCCAAAACGAUCUCCCGAUGCCGCCGCCGGCACCGAACCAGGUGCCGUCGGGCCAGAUUCAGCCAAGAUGACCUCCUGGGAUUCAUAUCUAGCAGUAGCAACGUUCCUGUCAUCACCUGAAGAAUUUAUGGGAUGGUUCGUCGGAUUCGUUUCCCUAUUCAGUACAAACCUCUUAAGACCACUGAGGCUAGCGUUAACAUCAUCUAACAAAAAUGCAACCAAGAACAGCAUGCUGUCGGUCAACGGGCCGAGGGGCACCAGACGAGAGGGCAAGAAGUUCAGACAAUACGCCGCCGCGCUGUCCACCACGAUCGGACCUUUCGCCGUGGGUACGGUGCUGGCGUGGACAUCGCCGGUGCUGCCCAUGCUGCAGUCCGAGAACUCGAGGAUCCCGAUAACGGCCGACGAGGGGUCGUGGGUCGGUUCUCUGAUCGCCAUCGGUGCCAUCAUCGGGUCCAUACCGGCCGGUAAGGGAGCGGACAUAUUCGGCAGAAAGCCCACCAUCGCCGCCCUGGCGGUGCCGUUCAUCAUCAGCUGGGCAAUGAUAUACUUCGCGACCACCGUCUGGGAACUGUACGUGGCCCGUCUGAUUGCCGGAGCUGUUAUCGGCGGAGUCACGGCCACCGUCCCGAUGUACAUCGGCGAGAUAGCUGAGAGCUCCAUCAGAGGUGAACUCGGCUCUUACAUCCAAGUAAAGGUGACGCUAGGCAUAUUGUACGUGUACGCCAUCGGUCCGUUCGUGUCUUAUGAGGGGCUGGCCGUCCUGUGCGGAAUCAUACCUGUGAUCAUGUUCGUCCUGGUCCUAUUGGUGGCGCCCGAGACGCCCACGUACCUGUUGCGUGCCGGCAGGAGGAGGGAGGCGGAACAUUCGCUGGUGCUGUUGCGCGGGCACGAGUACGACAUCGCUGGUGAGCUAGAGGAGCUACAGCAGCAACUCGAGGAGGAGCAGAAGAGAAGCAGCAAGUUCAAGGAUCUAAUAUCAUCCAGGGCCACGGUCCGUGCGUCAAUCGCCGUCAUGGGACUGCUCAGCUUCCUGUCGUUUUCGGGCAUCAACGUGCUCAUAUUCUACGCCGAGUCCAUUUUCAAGAGCAGCAGCAGCAGCAUAUCUCCACAAGUCAGCUCUAUCAUCAUUGGAGUCCUCCAAGUCAAGUACACGUUCGCGUCCGCACUGUUGGUGGACAAGGCCGGCCGGCGAGUGCUGUUGCUCAUCUCCGACUCGGUGAUGGCCGUGUGCCUGGGUUGCCUGGGCUACUUCUUCUGGCUUCAGGAGCACGCCGUCGAUGUGUCCGCGUUCAGCCUUAUACCUCUGAUCAGUCUUGGCGUGUACAUCAGUACGUUCUCGCUGGGCUUCGGGCCCAUCCCGGGAGUGAUGAUGGGCGAGCUGUUCAGCCCGGACGUCAAGGGCCUGGCGCUGGGCAUCGUGUGCGUGAUCGCGUCACUGCUCGAGUUCGUCGUCGUCAAGAUGUACCAAAACUUGUUGGACUGGUUCGACCACGGCAUCACGUUCUGGAUAUUUGCUGGGUUCUGCGUGCUGGGAACCGUGUUCGUGUGGUUCCUGGUGCCGGAGACCAAGAACAAGACGCUGCAGGAGAUCCAGAACGAGCUCAGCGGCAAGAAGAAGCCGAACAACCGGAAGGACAACCCGAAGGGCAACCGGAAGCAACACAUGAUGGAUUCGCUGACCGGCGACCAGACGCACGCCGCGAUCGUCUGA